AUGGGGGUUUCGUUAGUUGAUUCCAUCGAUCUAUCAAAUACAUUUUUAGAGAAUUUACAAAAACUUAUUAAUCAAACGCCGAUUACCGAUGUCGAGACUACCGACGAUGAAGAGGAAUACAUUGAGUAUGUGUAUAGACCACGUCAAUACUUUUCCGUUUCGCUGUGCAAUUACUGCAAAUGUGAUUUAAAUGGACAGAUGCUCCACGAGUGUAAACGCUGCAGAAUGGUUUUCUACUGUAAUCCGGAACACAUGAAGAGCGACGAGCAGCACCGGCAAUGCUGCUAUGCAUUGAGGCAAGUUGCCGAAAAUUGUGGUGGAUAUAUAUUCUACAAAUGCGAUGUGUUUACAAUGGAUCAAUUUCGAUCUUACCGAAUUGUCACUGUCCGACAAGUGGAAUCUAUAAUCAAUCGCACCUUAACACCUACCGAAAGAGAAAUAGUGUUAUUUCCAAGAAUAUGUACCAACAACAAAUGUAGGGAAUAUCGAUUUAGUAAAUUAAUGGAUUGCAAAAAGUGCGGACAGGUAGCAUUCUGUAAAGAUAAACCAGAUCAUUUAAAAGCAGAUCAUAUCUUAUGGUGCGAACCAUUUAGAUUAUUUAAGAAAUUAAUAAUAUUCCAAGAGAAAUAUGGAAGACUUGAACCUACAUUACCGUCCAAAGUUUUAAAGGAUCUACCAGGCGCCGUUUCAAAUACACAGCACAUGUUUUUCAAAUUGAAUUUAGAUAUCAAGGAAUCCUGUGAAUAUGCAGUUCUAAGUCAAAUUGCAACGGGUCCUUUGACGGCUUGGUAUGCACUAAAGCUUUGCGAACAGUUAAAGAGUAAUGAAGAAGUCACUAUACAUUUAAUUGGGGCUGAAAUUGAGUUCGAAGUCGAUACGCUUCAUAAAUGGGAAUUAUUUUUUUUACACAUAACACCACAUGUAAAAAUAUUAAAUAUAGUAUUUAUAGGACCUGAACUGAAACAGACAAAUAUAAGUUUUGAACAACUGCAAAAAACUAAAUGCUGCCGUGUAUGUCGUAAAAAUGGUCGUGAAUUGAAUUAUUAUUUUGAAAAUAUUGUUUAUCAUGAUUAUCGUAAAGGAAAGACAUUUUCUCAACCAAAUUUAAUUUGUUUCUUCAAUGCUGGACUAUACCGUUCCACUGGUUUUCAAAUGGAAGAUAGUUGGCCAGAAACUAUUGAUGCCGCUGUUAAUUUAAAAUGUCCAAUUAUCGUGACAUCAUACACUGCUUACGAAAGUCCUUUGGAUAUGAAACAGAUUUUACAAGAUAGUGGUAGAUGUCUUAACAUAAUAUUACCGCCUACUAUAAACCCAUUUGCUUCAACAAAGCCGGAAAGGAACUUCAUAUCAGAAGAAGACGCUCCAUUGAUUUUUAAAAAUUAUUAUUGUUUUGUAGUUGAAUAAAACAAAAUUUUUUUUCAUUUAUACAAAAAAGUUGAAUAUAUCU